AUGAGCCUCUCAAAAAAUGUGGCCGUCAACAAGCCCACCACGUGCAGUUCAAUUUACUACGGCAGCGGGCCGAACCGGAUGGUCGACGGGGAUGUGAACCCAAAUUUUUUUGCGGGCCAUUGUUUCCAUGGGUACGAUGAUUCUGGGGGGCCCAACUGGGCUGUGGUCGAUCUGACUGAUGUCUACUUUGUGGAUUAUGUCGAUCUGUAUUCAAGAGAGUGUUGUCCGGAGCGGUUGGAUUAUUUUAUAAUUGGGUUAACUUCGGUAAAUUAUUUCGGCCCUGGAUCAAACGUCAUCAGAGGUGACUACCCUCUGUGUGGUCAGUACAAGUACAAGGGGGCCGUCAACGCCAAACUGACCCUGAAAUGCAAUGCCAACCUCCUAUCACCCUAUCGCUACGUCAUCGCCCAACAACCAACCUCAGGGCCCGGAUCUCUGACCAUCUGUGAAUUGGAAGUUUACCCCGCUAUAAACUUUAACUUUAAAAUCUGGAGACGUUACGCGAACCUCCGUCUGGCCGGCUACACAUUUCUCGUGACACACGCCAGCCACGUGGCAGAAUGUUUCUUCAACUGCGCGCCAGGCCUCUGCGAUUCUGUAAACUUCAAACCAGAUGGAUCGCUCUGCGAGUUGAACAGCCAUCUGAAGGGGUACGAUCAAACAAGUUUGAAUGUCAGCCCAGACUGGUCCUUUUUAGAAGUUCAGUAUGUUUGA